GAACAACCUGGUGAAGAAUAUUAUAAGCACUUAAAUUUUAAUGGUAUAAGUGCGCUUAUGCUUGCAUCUAUCGACGGUAGAGAUAAAGAAGUAAAGAGACAGUUAAAACGUAAAGUAGAAGUAAAUCUCGUGCAACAAGACGGAUGGAGUGCUCUGAUGUUUGCAUCCAAAUUCGGACACAAGAAAAUAGUUGAGCUACUAAUUAAACAUGGAGCUAACGUUGCUUGUGUGGAUAGAAGUGGAAGAGACGCGUUAAUGAUUGCAUCUGAGUUUGGACAUGACACGACAGUACAGCUACUACUAAAGCACGGAGCUGAUGUUACUCGAUGUAAAAGAGUUGGAUGGAAUGCGUUUAUGCUAGCGUCUAAAAAUGGACACAAUGCAAUAUUAGAAAGGUUACUUGAAAGUGGAGCAGACAUUAAUCAAAGCAAUUUGAUCGGACAGAAUGCAUUGUUGCUGGCUGCGGAAUUUGGGCAUGAUAAAACAGUUGAACUACUGAUUCAAAAGGGUGCUGACAUUACAUAUACCUUAGCAAAUGGAUGGAACGCAUUUUUGUAUGCAAGUAGAUUUAACAAUUAUAAAACGGUUGAUGUUCUACUGAAAAAUAAAGCCGAUGUCAGUCAUUGUAACGAUGAGGGAUGCGACGCAUUAGCGAUCGCAAGCUUCUAUGGAUAUAAUAAUAUAUUAAAGAUACUUCUAAAACAUGGGGCGAAUGUCAAGCCCGCUAAGAAAGACGUUUGGAGUGCAUUAAUGCGUGCCUGUUGUAAUGGACAUAAUUCAACAGUUGAAAUAUUACUGGAACAUAAAGCUGAUGUUAACUAUGUUAAUGAAAAGCAGUGUACUUCAUUAAUGAUUGCCUCUAACUAUGGAUACAAUGAAAUGAUAGAUUUAUUGCUAAAAAAUGGCGCAAAUAUUAACUAUUUUAAUUCAAGUGGAUCUAAUGCACUAACGCUUGCAUCGUAUUCCGGGCAUGAUGAAACGGUUAAGUUACUGCUUGAAAGGGAAGCUGAUUUUAAGCACUGUAACACCCAUGGACAAGAUGCAUUAAUGAUUGCAUCAAACAAUGGGCACGUACUGUCUGUACAGCACUUUCUUAACAAAGGAGCCGAUGUGAAUCGUCAAGACAAAAACGAAAUGAAUGCAUUGAUGCUUGCAUGUCAAAAUGGACAUCACAAAACAGUAGAACUACUUCUAAGAAAAGCAGUAGAUUUUAAUCAUUCUGAAUCCCAUGGGUUUAAUUCCUUACUGCUUGCUUCAAAGAAUGGACAUCAUGAGCUAUUGAAACAAUCCGGAGCUGACAUCAAUGCAACUAAUAAAAAUGGAUGUAAUGGACUGAUGAUUGCAUCUCAAUUCGGACAUCAGAAAACAGUAGAAAUUUUGCUUGAACGCGGAUCAAAUAUUAAAGACGUUGACUUAAAAGAGUGGGAUGCUUUAAUGUUUGCUUCUGACAACGGGCAUGUAGAAACAGUUAAACUGUUGCUUAAACGUGGAUCUGAUGUCAAACACGCUAGUUUACAAAGAGUGAAUGCGUUAAUGCUCGCAGCUCAAAACGGACAUGCACAUAUUGUAAAGCUGUUACAUAAACAAGGAGCAGAUAUUAAUCUCGUUGACACAAAGGGUUGUAAUGCACUUAUGUUCGCAGCUCAGAACGGACAUGCACAAAUUGUAAAGCUGUUACAUAAACACGGAGCAGAUAUCAAUCAAGUUGAAUCACAGGGUUGUAAUGCUGUUAUGCUCGCAGCUCAACAAAAUCAUUUUGAAGUCGUAGAAUUUCUGAUCGAGAACGGAGCUAUAAUAAAUUGUAAUAAUUCUUUUGAAUGGAAUGCACUUAUGUAUGCAUCUCAAAAUGGGAAUACAACUAUUGUAGAAUUACUGCUUAGUAAUGGAGCUGAUGUUAAAUACGCAACAACAGAAGGAUGGAAUGCACUAAUGUCAGCGUCACAAAACAAACAUUAUAAAAUUGUUUCCUUGUUGGUCGAUAAAAUAUCUGAAAACAAUACGCUAAAAUCUUUAUGUAAAGAAGAGAGCAGUUUGUUUACCGCCAUCUACUUGGUUGAUUUAAUUUAUUUAGCCUUGCAAGUUGAACACUGCCGUGCCAUAGAAACAGUAUCUGCAUUUGUUCAAAAGAAUUUUAAAGAUCCGUUUUAUGCAAGUCAGAUUGAGUUUAUUUGCCAAUACUCUUUAAAAAGAAUGUUAAUGAGCAAAGGUAUGAACAAACAAGUGAGCUUAAACAGAGGCGGUGAAAGGAGUACAGAAUUAGAGAAUUUACGAACGUCGAUUACCUGCUACACGAUUUUGUCAGGAGUGCUAAGUAAUAAAGAGAAAAAAGUUUACGACAAGAUUCUUUCAAAGAUAUUGCAUGAACUUCCAUUGAUGAAUAAAUUUGAUGCAAUACAGUUUUUUACAUAUCAAAAAUGCAUAUUGAAUAUAUGUUCAGCAAUAAGCAAAGAGGCGAAAAAAGAUUUUUUUCUAAAACUUAGUCAAACUAGCUAUGCAGAUGUGACUAUAACACUUUUAACUGAGGAAAAUCUUCUUAAUAUAGAAUCACCCAAUUUUUCACUACUCUUGAUUACCGAUAUGUUAUAUAUAUUGUGUUUUGGAAGCUACUAUUGCCAAACAUUUGCUCUGCUGUUGGUUGAAAAGAAUAUUAUCAAAAUAUGUAUGGACUUUCUUAUCAAACAUAAUGAUGGCAAGAAUACACAAUUCAGAUGGAUAAAAAGUAGAUUGGUUUUGAUUAUGUACCACUAUGUAAUUAAAGAUGGCGAAAAGAAGUAUUUCUUAAAUUACAACAUGACAGAAUUUUCAAAAAUAGAAUUCAGCGAGCUUCAAAUAAAUAUUGCUUCAAAACUUAUGUGUUUGUUGAUAAAAGAAAAGACACCUACAGAAACAGAAAUUACAAGAAAACUCAUAAACUCACUAAAGGAAGAUAUUGAAAAAGCUGUUAAUGAUUAUGAUACAUUUAUCUCUGGAAUGGAGUUAUCGGCAGUGCUUGAAGGUCUUGCAAGAUAUGCAGAGUAUGGAGAUGAAUUAAAUGAGAUUCUUCCACUUUUGCCAAAAUUUAAAGAAUUUCUUGCACACGGUAACCUUGAGGAUCAAGUUUGUACAGCUAAGUGUUUAAAAGAGUUGGGGAGAAACAUAGAAGCUGGAACAGAAAUUUUAAACGACCCGGAUAUGUACAACCAGCUACAAGAACUGAGCAAAAGUACAAAUUUAGACAUAGCAUACAAUAUAAAAUCUACUUUGUGGAGGUCUGGAAGAACAUCCGGAAUAUUGCCAUUUAAAGCAGACGAGUUAUAUUCUGACGAGUUCCCAAAGGAUUUUAAGAUAGAAACUAAAGCGGUAGCCUGCGGUGGCUUUGGCAGUGUUCAUCAUGUCAUCGAUAAGGAUCAACCGGAAGCCAAAAAGUUUGUUGCGAAGAAAAUCUUUUCAAAACUCAGUGACGUUAGCUUAUGGGAGGGAAGUUUUAAGAGGGAGGCCUCAGUUUUAAUCAAACUGAAACACACAAGGAUUGUCCAGUUUCAUGGUUUUCUGAAGAAUAUAAAAGAAAAUAUUCUGUUUCUUGAAUUUAUUGAAAUGGGUACACUGACGGCAUUUAUAGAAAGACACAAACGACUCAAGGAAGAUUUGACAAGACAGUUUGCAAAACAAAUUUUAGAAGGUGUACAAUACCUGCAUGACAAUAAUAUAUUACAUUUGGAUAUUAAAGGUAAUAAUAUAUUAAUGGUGGAUGAAUCAAACAUAAAACUAACAGACUUUGGAUUGUCAACAAUUGUUGAUAACUAUGAUGGUGUUAAAUCAAAAAGGGGCACAACUAGAUUUAUGGCUCCAGAAAUGAUGGUCUGCCCUAAGGGAAACACAUUCAAGUAUCACACAAGCCUGGACAUUUGGAGUGUUGGUUGUACUGUUGUUGAAAUGUUGACCGGUAAACCGCCACACAAUUCUUUGAUAACACCACAGAUAUUUUAUAGAACUUAUAUAGGAGAACCUCCAAGAUACCAGCUACCAGAAACAUCAUCAUGUGCAUGCAGAAACUUUCUAGAUAAGAUUUUUGAAAGAAAUGCUGAAAUGAGGCCAACGGCUAACUGGUUACUUAAAAAGGACCCGUUUAUUAUCUAGAUGACGUCAUUUAGAACCAGUUGUUUGUGAUUUAAAAAAAAAACGAAGAUGUAUUGCUUACUUUAAAGCCAUUUUAGACAUCAUUAUACUCCAUCAUUAUUUUGUAAUUUAAUUGUCUAUGUACGUAUGUAUAUUCAUUUACAUGGGACGGCGGGGCCUUGCGGUAGAGUCCACACAGCUCUAAUGGGUACAAAACCUUAAUUUAUGGACAUUAACGCUAUCCUUUCCUAUGCCGAUGUCUCUGAUACAGAUUAACUCUACUUCAUCUGCCCCAUUAGUCUUAGGCACGAACGGGAAAUUAUGAUGGUGAUGAUGUUCAUAUACACUUACGUUAAAAUAAAUGUGUAUAUAAUAUUAGGCCGAAGACAUGUUAAUAAAACCAUACCGAUAAUCGUGCAAUUUUGUGAUGCGACUCAAACUAUGAAGUUGUUAAUAUUAUUUUACAGAAACGAAAAACCUAAUAUUGAUUCUUUAGUCACAAAUAAAUACUCAAUUAAUGUAAACAGAAAGGGCUCGCUUUAGUCGUUUAGGCUCACUAGACAACUUGUUAGCUUCUAAAGGUUACCAGAUGUAUGUUAUUUUUUUUUUAAGUAAGAGAAAAUAUAGUAAUUCGUUCAACAAUAUUAGUUACUUGAAGAUAGCAAGUGCUUAAAUAAUCAUUUUAUUGUAUUUUUUUCAUUUCGUUAAAUUUAUGUAUAACUGAUAACAUUUUGACCAAGUGUAGACCUAUGUAUUUAAAAACGCGUGAAGAAAAUUAAAUAUUGUUUCUUAUUUAGCAUCUAUAAAUGUUGAUACUCCAAGAAAAUAAAAUAUAUCACAUUUUAAAAACCAAAAAACUAUUGUAUGUUUGAAAACAUUUAGUUUAAAAGUGCAGCGAACAUUUAAAUGACGAAAACAUUUUAAUUGAUUGUAUCUAUCAUUAUACCAUGCCUAAAAUUACAUUGUGUAUUUCUUUGUCGUUUUCACUUUACUUUUUAGACUAUUACAUUAAUGCAUUUUUUAAUCUAAUAUACAUUUUUAUAGAAUUUUUUCUAAUUGCACUAUCUAUUACAUUAUUUCAUUAUGAUUUCUGAAAAGAAAAUUCGGUUUGCCUUUUAUUUUCUGGUAUAUAUUUACGUGUAAAUUUUUCCGUAAAAUCAACAACAACUUUUUAAUAUAUGUCUCAUUUUAUUUCAACGUUGUAAAAUAUCUUUUGCCAGUUUUUUUGUCGUCAAAUUUACACUAAAUUACACUCGGCGUGGUCGAGUCGGUAAACCGAAAAGUCUCGAGUUCGAACCCUCGGGCAGAUGAGGCUCGUUAGCUGGGGACAGCCACUCUUCUAGGAGAGACAACUCCAAAAUUAAACAACUGCUACCUUGUAGUUUGUUCUUGGUUGGAAAAAGGCUAUGGAAGUAAAUCCAAAAAGAAAAGCAGGCUGAAAUCGGAGCCAAUGGCCUCAAUGGCGCAUAACAAGUGGACACGUAAACGCUUAAUUGUGUCGGAGGCGUGGUCGAGUCGGCAAAAAGCUCAUGGUUGAUAAAUUCGAACAAUAGAGUUCAAACCCACUGGCAGAUAAAUCUUGAUCCCCUUCAACACUAAUAAUUAAGAACGAAGAAGAAGAGAAGAAGAGACACUAAAUAUGUAUUGAUUAGUACAAAUGAGAUGGUCCCAUUUUUAUUGCAACAAUAUUAUUGUAAAUGUAUUAAAAACAAUAUAUGCAGAAACAACAAGCAAAUGCUAUUCAACUUUAACAAUUGAUGGAUUAAAUAUUUAUUCCCUAGACAAAUAAAUAUGUACAGUUUUCUGAAUGUGGUAACUGGGUGUCUUAUUUGAAGGUGUUAUUAUCCUAAUUUUUUACCGGAGAGUUAAAUGCAAUAAACGAAUGUUAAAUAUCAAUUAAUAACAAUGUAGGCGCAAAUGAAUCCACCCAGUUUUCUGGGUAUUCAAAUCAAGCUGUGGAAUCUGCAAGCGGCUUGGCCUUUUGCUGAACACUUUAUCUCAUCUUUCGCAGAGGUCACAGAGAAAAGUUAGCUCAACUUAACAUGCUCAUGUGAAUGAUGUGAAAAAUAUACAAGACACACUUCAAGCAAACGUAAAAGAAGCAAAUUAGUUGGUAACUUUAAAGAUUAAUAGUUGUAAUACGUGACAUGCAUGUAGACAAAUUAUUAUAACUCAUAUACCCUUAUUUUCAAAUGUAUGACAAAAAUAAAUUUAGUUGCAUCAGUAAUUUUUAUUUUAUAUUAUUUAUGGGCAGUAAGCCCCGCCAUUUGUUGUAUUACAUUAUAUAUUUUUUAUUAAUAGUGAAGUGUAUAAAAUUAUAUUCAUUUUGUAGUGUUUCAUUUUUACAAAUAUUAGCCCUAAACGAUUAUUUGUUUUUCGUUGGCCUGUACUCAUAAAACCAUGAUACACCCAGGAGAAUAACUGAAUAAAUGUGUCUUGAUUUUUGUAAAUUUAA